AUGUCUGACGAGUUCCGGCGCUCAAUACUCAACCGCUUGCCCCCCAUGGCGCCGACCAAGGCGCCGUGGGCCACAGCCGACGACGACGAAGAGGACGACGAGGAGGAGCUCGCCGACGGCGUAGGCGACCUCGUCUCGCCGUCAUCCCGCAGCGCCGCACCCGCGGCCUUCGCCCCGCUCUCCGCGUCCGAGUUCUUCGAGCAGGCGCUCGAAGUCACCCCCGACGACAGCGACGCGACAUUCCGCGCGUACUUGACCGAGCCGCACCCUAAAAGCGGCAAGGGAACAUACGUCCUCGCGCAUCACGGCGGCGGGGCCAGUGCGCUCAGCUUUGCUGCGCUCGCGCGGGACGUCACGGCGCGCAGUAGCGGGGAGCUGGGCUUCUUUGCUUUCGAUGCGCGCGGGCACGGCAAGACUCGAGUUGGCGGAGAAGAGAAGCGCGGCGCGGAUCUAGCACUCGACGUGCUCGUUGCCGACUUUAUUGCUGUUGUGCGGCAUGUGUUCCCCGACCCGAAGGCCGCGCCGUCGUUCUUGCUGCUAGGCCACUCGAUGGGCGCUGCGCCGAUUCUGUCCGCGGCGCCGCUGCUCCAGAAGCUCGGAUACACGGUGUGCGGCGUCGCCGUGCUCGACGUCGUUGAGGGCACGGCGAUCGAGGCACUCCCCCUCAUGAAGGGCAUCAUUUCGAAACGGCCAUCGUCCUUCACGUCCGUCUCGAACGCCAUCGCGUGGCACCUCAACUCGGGCUCGAUCCGUAACGCGACCUCGGCGCGCGUGUCGGUGCCGUCGUACGUCGUGUCCGAGGCGCCCGGCGCAGGAGUCGACAGCAAGCAGGUGUGGCGGACCGACCUGCUCUCGACCGAGCCGUUCUGGGAGGGAUGGUACACUGGCCUCUCAGAGCGCUUCGUCACGGCAAGAUGUGCGCGCCUGCUCGUCCUGGCGGGGCAGGAGCGCCUCGACCGUGACCUCAUGGUCGGGCAGAUGCAGGGCAAGUUCCAGCUCGAGGUCAUGCAGGACGUGGGGCACUACUUGCACGAGGACGACCCCGAUACCCUCGCCACCACGCUCGUCGCCUUCUGGCGCAGGAAUACGCAGGUGCUUGUCCUCCCGCCCAAGAUUGGCGCGGCGCGCCCCGUUGAGGUUAAGCAGGUCGGCGAGGCGUAGAUUAUGCAUGUAUGGGUGUGGUG